ACUUCUUGAGCACAAGUCAGACUUGAGCAAAAACAACUUUUUCCAUAGGAUCAGUUAUAAAAAGAAUGGCAAGUGCAACGAGCAGCUUAGUUUCUUGGUCUUAUCAGUGAAAAGUAGACUCACCAAAGGCUUGCGAACAUUUCUGGCAAAAGCACUGGCUGGCCUGUUCAUCUCUAUAUGGUCAAUCGUGGUGUUUCUGCAGGACCAAAGGCACAGACUGGUUAGUGAAGAAUGCUGUCAGAAGGGUAUCUCAGUGGACUUGCUUACCGGAGUGACAUCCAGUGGAGUUGUACAUCUUAUAAUGAGCAGGUGGCUGAGGAAAAGGAAGAGAAGACAGAAGCCACAGCUGCUGCUACUCUUUCCUAUUCCUCCGUGGAUGAAACACAAGUCCGAAGUCUCUAUGUGAGAUGCAAAUCCUCAGGCAAGUUUAUUUCUUCAGGGCAUUCAAGAGACAGCCAACGCAGUAGAAAUCCGAGAAUCACAGUGUUGCAGACAAACCCCAAUCCCGUGUUUGAAAGCCCAAACUUGGCCGCAGUUGAACUAUACAGAGACCCCAGCAGAGAGACCUACUUGGUUCCACCUUCCUGCAAGAGUAUCUGCAAGAAUUACAAUGACUUACAUAUUGCAGGGGGCCAAGUGAUGGCCAUUAAUUCAGUGACAACAGAUUUUCCCUCUGAGAGCAGUUUUGAACAUGGCCCUUUGCUGAAAUCGUCGGAGAUUCCUUUGUCCAUGGAGGAUUCCAUUUCCACUCAGCCCAGCGACUUCCCACCCAAACCUAUCCAGCGGUAUUCAUCCUACUGGAGAAUAACCAGCAUCAAAGAGAAAAGCAGCCUGCAAAUGCAGAAGCCUAUUUCGAAUGCAGUGCUGAACGAAUACCUGGAGCAGAAGGUCGUGGAGUUAUACAAGCAGUACAUUAUGGACACUGUGCUUCAUGACAGUUCUCCUACCCAGAUUCUGGCAUCUGAACUCAUCAUGACAAGUGUGGACCAAAUUAGUAUUCAAGUCUCUAGAGAGAAGAACCUGGAGACCUCAAAAGCCAGGGAUAUAGUCAUUAACAGCCUUUUACAGUUGGUGUCAACUGAAGUCAGCACUCCUGAAAUUAGCACUCCGAGUCUCCAUAUUUCUCAGUAUAGUAACGUGAAUCCAUAGAGAGGAGGCUUCUGUUCCUUUCUCAACUACUCAAAUCCUAAGCAACAAUUAUUCACUUGUUCUGACGAUGUACAGGAAGGGGCUGUCAAGAGCUAGAUAAGUAAAGGUUGGCUGGAGGUCAGGUAUGGAUUAAGAGGAAAUCUCAUAAUAUUACAUGUGAAGGAAUGUGGGGAGAGGAGCUAUAACGACUUCAAAGCAAGGGUUGGAUAGCAACAAACCAAAAAUAAAAAUGAUCAAAAAAGAGAUUCAUUUAAGGGAAUACAGAAAAGAAAAAAGACAAACCAAAUAAGAAUGUACACCAUGGCAAAACUAAAAGCCAAAGGUUUCAGGGGAAGGAGUUAAGAAUAUGUUUGUCACUCAAGUAAAUUCCUCCAAGUUGUUUCUUCUGGAGGGAAAUGGACUGUGGAAGGCUGCUCUAUUUGGGUAUAAAGACAGGCUCAAACAGUCUUUAAGAUAUGUUUAUAUCUAGCUUCCCUACCCUGUAUCAGAUCAUUUAAAAAUAUAUUCUUUAUAAAGAUUAAAACAGUA